UCUAAAACCAUGGAGAGUAGUAACACCACCAACAAAUCUAAAGAAAUUGAACGAAGCUAUGAUACUUACCGAAGGAAGAGAAAGCGACCCAUCAUCAGAUUAUCCUCUUGUGAGGUGGCUGUGAUACCCAACAUAGAAUCAAGCAUCAUCGGAGAAGAUGAGUACUGUACCAAGACACUUUCCUCCGCAUCACACGGUUUCAUAUCAGUGAUAGGGCGGCGGAGAGUCAUGGAAGACGCCGUGAAGGUGGUUACUGGUUUUGUGGCGGCUGAAAAUUGUUCUGGCGGCGGCUACGAUUUCUUCGCUGUUUAUGACGGUCACGGUGGGACGAUGGUGGCGAAUGCUUGCCGUGACAGGUUGCACGUGUUGUUGGCAGAUGAAGUGAAGGAGGAGGGAUGGGAGAGUGGGUUGGAUUGGCAUAAGGUGAUGUGUUCUUGUUUCAUGAAGAUGGAUCAGGAAAUUGGAGGUGGUGGUAAUGAUAAAGCGGGAAUGAGCGGGAACACGAUGGGUUCGACGGCGGCGGUGGUGGUGGUAGGGAAGGAGGAGAUUGUGGUGGCGAAUUGUGGAGACUCGAGAGCUGUAUUGUGCCGUGGCGGUGUGGCCUUGCCACUUUCACGUGAUCAUAAGCCUGAUCGUCCAGAUGAAAAAGAGAGGAUAGAAGCAGCAGGUGGAAUAGUCAUUGAUUGGAACGGGAAUCGUGUUUUAGGAGUACUUGCUACUUCCAGAUCCAUAGGGGAUCACUGCAUGAAACCUUUUGUGAUAUCUCAACCAGAGAUCAAUGUUUACGAACGAACAGAGUCAGAUGAGUUUGUUGUAAUAGCGAGUGACGGUCUGUGGGAUGUAGUAUCCAACAGUUUUGCUUGUGAGGUGGUAAGAAGUUGCCUCCAUGGACAAAUAAGGAGGAAUUUAGAUGAUGAGGACUCAAUUAAAAGUUAUGCAACAGAGGCAGCAGCGUUGUUAGCAGAGUUGGCUAUGGCUCGGGGAAGCAAAGACAACAUCAGUGUUAUAGUCAUUCAGCUCAAGAGUUCAGCUUAA